AUUCAUUAAUCCAAAAAGAAUAAUAUAAUGUCAGUAUAACAAACCGAUGCAGCUCAAAAACUCUAAUUUGGUGAUUAUGAGAAAGUCAAAUUUACUUUUAGUGGAUUAGACAAAUAUAUUGUUAUGGUAAAAUUAAAAAGUAAAAAAGCAAGGAAUUAAAUACAAAAAUUGCUUUGGAAGAUUUAAAGUUUACAUUUGCAAAUAUUUUAAAGACAGACUUUUUUGCUAAAAGACUCGAAUAUCAUGUUAUGAAAGGAUUUAAAAAUACAUAAUUAUAACCACAAAAAUCUUUAUCUUAAUAAGAGAUUCCAAUUGAAUUUAAAGGUUCAGGUCCCGGUUAAUAACUUAAUAUACAAGUUAAAUUUACAGAAGAAGGAGCAUGA